AUUUUAGUCCAAUAACGAAAUUUUACCUGAAGAUGGAAAAAGGUGUCCCAUAUGUCACAUCCUUUAUUAGAAAAAAAAAAUAGAAAGAAUACGACGCGUGUCAGCUGUAAGAUUACUUCAGAUAUUUUCCCUUUUUUUUAUUUUGGUGGAAUGGUAACGCGGAUGAGAAGACUCUGGUCGCUUGGGGACUCCACCGUCUUUUUUUUUUUCCUUUUUUUUUUCUGAAAAAGAAAAAAGAAACACUCUACACUUGGGCACCAUAUGAGUGGUUGGUAAAGGUGGCAGUGGCAGUCACCGGAAGAGAACGGGGAUAGAAUUACAAUAAAGGCUGAGUUCAAGGGGAUCGAUCCCCAGCUCUCUAGGGAUUUUUCUAAAUCCCCAUUCCCAGAUUCCCUAGAACUCGCAGUGGUUUGCGUGUGGGAGAGAGACAGAGAUUGGCUUCAACAGUUCCUUAAUUCUCGCUGCUGGCUGUGUAGUCGAUCGAUCUUCAAGCCAUAAUGCAACGGAGGCAGUGCCUGAUAUAAUCUUGAUGACCCAAUCAGCUCGGAGGGUCUCCUCUCCUUCGGUUGUUAGGUUCCGAACCCAAUUUUGAUUCAGGGAUUCUGUAUCUGCCAUGCUUUAUGUCGAGGAGAUUCCUUUGAUGUUGUAAAAGUUUUCAUCUAUGCAAAUGGAAAUUAAGCAGGUGCACGAUAGAAGAAUGGAAAGCUUGUGAUUUGGUUUGAUGGGUAAAGAAAAUCUGUUGGAAACAACUAAUUGUGGAGUCAGUAACGAUGGUUGUCCACCUCCCAAGAAUGAGGAACUGGCCGUUGAGGCACGGUACAGUUCGGACAGGGAAGCAGGGUUGCCAACUUGUCGUGUCUGCCAAUGUGUGGAAUCUGACAGAAGGGGAGAUGCUGCAUUAGGUUUUCUGGGUAUUACUCCUCCUCCUCCAGUUCAGGAAUCUCGUAAAAGCAAUGCACACGAAACUGGCAAAGACAACAAGAUCCCUGGGGAUGAUCAGAAAAAUUCUCGGGAUAAAAGCAAUGAUAGAGAAUCUGGCUUUAUCGAAAUAAUAAGCCCUGAUGGGGGGAUCUUCAUUUGCACUAGUGACAUAGAAACGGGAGCAUGGCAGCAUCGAGAUGCUUUGAUUGAACUUGGAUGUUCUUGUAAAAAUGAUCUUGCUCUAGUACACUAUGCUUGUGCACUCAAAUGGUUUGUCAACCAUGGAUCCACUGUUUGUGAGAUCUGUGGUCAUGUUGCGGAAAACAUAAAGACUGCUGAUUUCAACAAAGUGGUCAUUGCCUUGAAGGAUUACGCGGCACUAAGAGAAAGAACAGCUGAUGGAGAUCCAGGCAUUGGUCCUGAUUCAGUGGCUGCCAUUAGAGGGCAACGACUUUGUGAGAUCUCGUCUUGGUUUAGCCCACACAGCACGGGCAAUAACAAUAAUAACUCUGCCACGGCUUCUCAGGUUAUUUCAGAACAGCCGUUGGGUGUUGUAAAUGAAGAUUUCUUACCCGUGGAAAGCCGUGCAACCAGAUGGGCGGUGGAAGGUACAGGGAUUCUGCUUGCUACUGGGCUACUCACAGUCACCCUUGCUUGGCUCAUUGCCCCCCGAGUCGGGAAAAAAACUGCAAAAAGCGGACUUCACAUCCUCCUGGGCGGUCUAUGUGCCCUAACAGUUGUCAUCUUCUUCAGAUUUGUGGUUCUAACCAGAAUCAGGUACGGCCCUGCCCGCUACUGGGCGAUCCUGUUCGUCUUUUGGUUUCUGGUGUUCGGUAUAUGGGCUUCUCGUUCUCAUUCUGCUCACACCAAUUGAUUCGUUCUCCUUCACCGAUCCACAUUCUCUUCGGUGUAUUCUUUUCCUUUUCUGGUGUCCUUUCUGUCCAUAGUUGUAUUUCUUCUCCUCCAGAAAUGUAAGUUCACUUUCAUCAAAACGUUUUCCCAAGAAAAACCAAACAGAAAACGAAUAGAAACCCUUUGUAUUUUGUUCUGCAAAGCACUGAAACUGUACUGUCCUGUGUUGUGAGAUGGAAUUUGCCAUUCGCCAUUGGAA